UGGCUCCUACUUGACGAGCAGUUUGCUUUACAUUGCUGUCAUUGACUUAAGGGUUAACGGUAAAUCGUCUAAUUUAGUUAAUUAAUUGAGCCUGAGAGUGCGUCAGAGCUGGCUGUGAGAGAAUAGUAUAAAACAAGGGGAGCCAGUGCCAGCCACAUUCAUCACACACCUGCUGGACACUCACGGUGGUCGACAUGCAUUUCUUGUCAAGUCUGGUGCCCCUGCUUCUCAUUCUGUCGAGCGUCACAUCUGCACAAGUGAUGCCUUUAGAAGAAAGACUGGCACUGCGCAGCGGCAGGGGUUUUUCCAAAGACCGUAAAGCCUCGCUUUUAAGAAUAUUAUCAGAACUGUCAGAUUUUGGACCCCUAGUUAAGGAUGGCUCUGAUGUGCGACAGCAGUCUCAGCUGGGUGAGAGGUCUGUCUUCAGUCAGUCACCACCCCGGGAAAGAGCCCCUUGCAAGAACUUCUUCUGGAAGACCUUCUCCUCCUGCUAAUACUUGUGCUGCACGCUCACCCUUCAUUGUGAUUGCCAUUGCCCGCCGAGUCUAUGGUGUGUAAAUUUUGAUUAAAAAGCAAAUCCAGUGUCCUCUUUUCUGUUUUUCUUUGUCCUUCGUCUUUGCUUAUGAAUGAACAGUACAGUAAAUCUGUUAAAAA